AUGAUGCGGCCCAACGCAUAUUCCAGUACAAUAUGCUCCCGCUGCUUACAUCGCGGCCGGUUGUUCUCAACCGCAACUCAGUUUCUCACAUCCCAGAAGAGUGAUGCUCUUCCGGUCUCCCCACCCACCGCCGGUUAUUCGCGCCUCACAAACCGCGGACUGAUCUCUAUCACGGGUGUGGACAGCACCUCCUUUCUUCAGGGACUUACCACGCAGAACAUGCUUGUUGCCAAUGAUCCACACCGAGCAACCCGUCAUACGGGGACAUAUACCGUCUUCCUAAAUUCCCACGGUCGAGUGUUGAACGACGCUUUCCUCUAUCCGCUGCCGGAAGCCGAUGCGUCCGCUUCCGAAGACCCCGCCUGGCUCAUUGAAGUGGACAGAAAUGAGGUGGCGAGCCUUAUGAAGCACCUCAAGAAGCAUAAAUUGCGUGCAAAGCUGAAGCUGCGUGCACUGGACGAUGGGGAGCGCACGGUGUGGGCGUCGUGGAAAGAACAUACAGAGCCGCGCUGGGCAGCGUACAACCUCGAAUCAGCAGCAUCUUCACCAUUCUCCCCUUCAUCCUCCAUUGCUGGUUGCGUGGAUAUCCGGGCACCGGGCUUCGGGUCCCGGAUCAUCACUCCAGGCGCGGAAGACCUUCGAACACAUCUUCCUGAUGAGACGCAAGUUGCGGGCUCCCGGGUGGACCUGGGGUCAUACACUGUGCGCCGUAUAUUACACGGAGUCGCAGAAGGACAGAUGGAAAUCAUCCGCGAAGUGGCUCUUCCGUUGGAAUGCAACAUGGAUAUGACGCGAGGUAUUGACUUCCGCAAGGGCUGCUAUGUGGGUCAGGAGCUCACGAUUCGUACCCAUCACACCGGUGUGGUACGCAAGCGUAUCUUGCCCGUUCAGCUAUACACAGACGGUCAAGGUAUCCCGGUAUCCGCUGAUACUCCAGCGUAUAAUCCGGCGGUGACGCUCCCAUUGCCCCCGAGCGGUUCGAAUAUCUCCAAGGUGAGCGCGCGGAGAGGCCGUAGUGCAGGAAAGUUCCUCGGCGGUGUUGGAAACAUUGGUCUCGCCUUGUGUCGUCUGGAGAUGAUGACCGAUAUUUCCCUCACCGGCGAAGGGACCCAGUACACUCCCGAACAGGAGUUUAAAGUGUCGUGGGCUGGGGCAGAGGCGGGACCGUCUGAUUCUCAAGAGCCAGGAGAGGUAAAGAUCAAGGCAAUUGUGCCGUCUUGGACCCGAGAAUUCAUUUCCUCUGGUGGAGCAAGGAACGCCUCCCAGAGAGGUGGCCAGGAAGGUCAUCGAGCUCGAGAUCUCGUGGAACAGUUGGAGGAAGAGGAAGAGGCACGACGCAAGUAUUAA